AUGGCAUCCACAGAAGAGCCGUCUGGCACGGUCCUGCACCGCCUCAUCCAGGAACAACUACGCUACGGCAACCCCACAGACGCACGCACCCUCCUGGCCAUCCAGCAGCAGGCCCUGCGCGGAGGCAACGGUGGGUCCCCUGGUGGGGGGACUGGGAGCGGAGCAGGAGAAGGCCCCGUUGGAAGCCCCCGCUCCUCUCUGGAGAGCCUCACCCAGGAAGACUCCUCAUUCCUCCAACUGUCAACCCGCCAGGAGCCCCAGGGCCAGGAACACCAGGGAGACUACCAGCACUCGGAGAGUAGCUACCAGCUUUACCAGCUCCAUGGCGAGGAGCUGCCCACCUACGAGCAGGCUAAAGCCCACUCUCAGUAUCUGGCUCAGCAUUGGGCACCCGCCACAGGCCUUCACAAGCAGCUCCAUGAGGGGACCCUCCUGCGUGAGGGGGGCUACCGUGCCACGGAUGAAGAGCUGAUUGAGUUGAAGCGAGGGCACAUGCGAUCGCUGAGUGAGCAUCUACUGCAGCUGUCUCUGGAGAGGAAUGGUGCCAUGGCGAAGUCUGAGGCGGUCAAGAACUCCUCACAUAGCUACCCAGAGCUGGGUUACUAUGCCCCCCUACAAGGCCUCCAGGACAAAUGCAGCCCGCACCCAGAUUACUCAUCUGUUCCCAUCAUGUCCCAAGGAUAUAUGCCCAUCCACGCCCAAGAGCCCCAGUGUGUGUACAGGGACAUGCCCCAGCCAAUCCAGACCCAGCAUCACAGGUACUAAGGCAUUACAACAAAGCACAACCGUAUGUGUGUGUGUUGGCCAUACAGUGAGAUCAUGCAAAGGUGUUCCCACUGUUGGUGUGUUCCCAUUGUCUUUGCCAUGAAUCAACAGCGAUCACACAUUUAAUAGUGUGGUAAUUUCUGUGGGCGUAGCCGCUCGCAUAAUGGAUUCCAAGUGUCAUUAUGUGUCCUGCAUUCCUUACCCCCUAGUAUGCUUUAUGAAUCAUUACAGGCGUAGGUUGGAAUUCCAAUCGCAUUUCUGAAACACUACAUGUCAACCUACCUAGGGUGGAGUUGAUGUGUUCAUUAUAAGAUAAGAUAGUUGUAGUACCUGGGAUGCCAAAUUCAGAGUGUUGCAAUGUCGUUUUUUGUCACAAAAGGGGCGGCUUCUUGUAAUACGCUCCGGCAUUCAACAUACUUUUUUACUACCUGAAAAUGAUGCACGGUGUAUAAUUUCUUCCGCAGCCGUGGGGGCAGUGUUGUCGCUUGGUUCUUUGAUUUAUAUUCUAUAUAGGCUAUUCAUCAAAGUAGCCUAUUUUGCAUUGAUAACCAAAUAUAAUCUCAGCGACUGUUCAAACAGUAAACCAAACAACAAGAAUCCACCCAAAAAGGUAUUUUGUUUAGAAGUAAUAACUAGUAAUUACAGGCUAUUGUAAUUGCAACCUCCCUAGUGGCGCAGUGGUCUAAGGCACUGCAUCGCAGUGCUAGCUGUGCUACUAGAAUGGCCGGCAGGGAUGUAGCUCAGUUGGUAGAGCAUGGCGUUUACAACGCCAGGGUUUUGGGUUCGAUUCCCACGGGGGGCUAGUAUGAAAAAAAUUAUGAAUGUACUCACUAACUGUAAGUCGCUCUGGAUAAGAGUGUCUGCUAAAUGACUAAAAUGUAAAUGUAGAACCUGCUGUAGCCAACUGGCUAGCCAUGUGCUUUUUUCUCUGUGACCAAAACAUGACAUUCUAUUUUUAGCUGAUGUGGGAAUGAAUGCAAAAGCAGCAUAUCAACCUGGGAUAAUGUUUUAUAAGAAUACUUGCCAGGGCAUAUUUUUUUACAUGGAGAUGUGGGAAGCUGAAAAGGCUAGCUAGCUUGCUAUGUUUUUAGCCAGGCUGCCAGCUAUCGACUACUAGCAAGGGAAGGCGACUUCCUUGCAUUCACAAAAUGAAAAUAAAAAAAUAAAAAAUGUUGAAUCGCCCCCUUGUGAAUGGGAGUGGGACCGGCAAGAAUAUCAUGUUACCAAAAGGUGUCAGCUACUCAAACAAAUCCCACUCCACCCACAUGCACGGACGCACGUAGAUCAGCGGAGUGAAGCUUGUAGUAACCUUAACGAACAAAGAUUGCUCACGUAACCACAGUUCUGUGAGCUAAGGGACUAUUGCUAGCUAGUCACACUCAUGGGAAGACGGUAGUGAUUGUAAAACUUGGGAUAUCUAGUGAACUCAAUUCAACAACGCACGUCCUUCUUCACAGGUUUGCGGCCCCAGCUCAGCAGCAAACGGAGACCUGCUACAGCAUGUUCACCAGUCGGCCCCCUUGUGUCGUGGAGGAGCCCAGGCAGAUGGAACUGCUGAUACUGGAGAACGAGAGGCUGAGGCAAGAGCUGGAGGGCCACCGAGAGAAGGCCUGCCGCAUCCAGAAGGUGAGAAUCACACAUUUUAAUUGAAGCGUACUAAAUGGUGGGAAUAUUCUCCUUUCAGUCCCUCUCUAAGAUGGCGACAUGACAUUGGAUUAGUUUGUGCUGUUAUAUGCAUGAAGGACUGAUAUUAUAUUGGAGAAACAAAUCAUGUUCAACUUUGGGCAAAUCUCCCAUUGACAUCAAUGCAUGAUGAAUGCACAACUUUGAGUUACAUACAACACGUGUAACUUCUGAAGUAGGCAUGCCCACACUGAAUAGCAAAGUACUGUAGUCUGCAACAUGUGUUGCUUAAUGAAGGGAAUGGAGGGAAACACAAGUAGCAGAUAGCUUGUGUACAGCCACCUCAGACACACUCCCCCAUCUGUACAACAGCUGCUACCAUUGGCUGCAAAUAGAGAACCCAUAGAGGCCAGAGGCUGCUACUGUGUCCACACUCCCUGCAUUGUGCUGCAGGCGGGGGGUCGUAUGUGUGUUCCCUUUAGCCAUAUAUUUUUUUGGGUCCUAUCCAGGGCAUGUCAGACAGCAGUCGAUAGGGUUGUGACCCCUGGCACAGAUGACAUGCUCAGAGUGACCAGAGAGAGAGACAGAUAUUCUGUUGGCCAUGGCAGGAGGCAGGACUACUGUGUGUUGAAACUGAAAGGCCUCUUUUGUACUUUCAUCCCACUGCAUUUUCACUUUCAUCCAUCUUCCUCUCUUUUUUACUUUCAUCCUCCUCUCUCUUUCAUUUUCACUUGAACACCUUUGUUUUCUUCUCUCUUUGAUGUUGAUUUGAUUGAAGUACAGCAACCCUUUUUAUUGCCCAGCUCAACAUAUUCUAGAUUAUUCUGAUAUAAAUAUCCUUCCCCACCUUGUGUAUAGGGCAGGGAAUUGCCAGCGACCUCACGAUAUUCGAUGUUCCCAACAUAUUGCUCAUUAUAUGUCCGCUGCAAAGAGACGAGAGAACAUGAGAAAACAAGUUUUGAUGAGUCAGGGAAAUAAAAGUGCUGGGAACAAAUUGGCUCCUGAUUUAAAAAGAAGAUCGAGAACAAGCUAUAAAGGAAAAAUACAGGCGUUUUGGUGCAGGUACAGCCAACUAGCGCAAAAAUAAUAAAUAAUAAUAUUUAUUAUUAUUAUUAUUAUUAAAAUAAUAUUGCGAUAUGUAACUGUAUCUAUUUCUUCCCCAUCACUACUUGAGUAUGUUAUUGCCUCUUAUAAAUCAAGAUAGUGGCAACAACACUAACUGACAGACUUCACACAUUUAUCUUGGUAGAUGCCAUAGAGAUAGAUGGAGGACUCGUCUUUAAGAUGGUGGAACCCCUCGAUGGCAAUGUCUAUUCUAAAAUGGGUUAUAUCCAUCUUCCUAUAUCUAUGGUAAAUGCAUACUGUAGCAAGACUUUGUUGCUCUUCUGUGGAGUUACGUCACCCCACUUCUUGCGUUCCCUCAGCCUUAAAGAAUGAUAAUUACUGGAUUGGAAAAUUUCCCCUGACCGCUGGGCCGCAGCCCUGAGUAAACAUGCCUUAGUGGCUGCUGUAAUGGUGGGCGUUUCUACUUCUCUGCCUGUUUCUAUUUCCACAGGACAGGCAUGCACACCUUGCCCACAAUGACAACCCGCCCAUACCUCUCUCUCUCUGUGUGUGUGUGUGUGUGUGUGCCUGUGCGUGAACUACCCACACCUGGAACCAUGGCUGUUAGCUCCCAGGAAUGCAGAUAUAAACCACUCACACACAGGGAGUGGUGUUAGCUCAAAUUCCUCUGGAUUAUAGGCAUGUAGUGCAUACUGUAUAUACACAGUAUGUAGGCUAUUUGCCCACAUGUACGGAAUGUGCUCCCAGGUAUAUUUAUGUAUAUAUGCCCAUAUUUAUGUUUAUAUAUGUGCCCACAUGUUUAUGUGCUGUACUGCACAUAUAGAUGUGUUAUGCCUGAACCAACAUCCCCCCCCAUCUCCAGCACGCAUAAAGAUAUUAAACAAACAAACAAGAUGGCUGACCAAGAAUGUCCCCCCCCCCCCCCUUGCUUCUCUCUGUCCAUUCAGUUGGAGCAGGAGAUCCAGAGGAUCUCAGAGGCCUAUGAGACUCUGAUGCAGGGAAGCAGUAAGAGGGAGAGCCUGGAGCAGACCCUGAGGAGCAGACUGGUGGCCGAGAUCAGGAGGCUGCAGGACUUCAACAGGGACCUUAGAGGUAAGGACUACAAAUACCAGAAAACCUCAGGUUGGCUAGCACUUUGGUCCAGAGCCAUUUUUGAAGAUUAUAAUGGUUUCUAAAGACUAGGACUGGUGGCAGGGAAACUUUUUCCCAAAUCAGUUUUAGUGUAUAGCAGUUGAGAAAUGCUUCCAGUUUGUUAACUCUAAAUAUUUGCGUUACAGAAAGCUUGGAAAAUGCCAGAACACACGCUGCCAAAGAAGUGGAAGCUGCUGACCACAACCAACACAUCAUGACCAAACUGCUCGAGCAAAGUAAGUGUGUCAUCCUUCCCGUCUCCUUUCCCACCACUCCAAGUCUUAGACCCACUUCAGCCAUGUUGCGCAUUCCUCACAGGAUUGGAGCAUAGCACAGGGCCACUCUGUAGCUAAGCUACAUCCUGUAUGCAAAAAUUUCCAUUGCAUAACCUCCGCUUAUUUGGUGAGAACGCCUCAACAGUAAACGCAACCCAGCUCGAAGAAGGAGGAAGGAAAGGGAGCUAUAAAUGAGAACUGUUGAACUAACAUCAGGUUCCUGAGGUUGUUGGUUUGAUUUACAUUGUCUAUUUAAGCAGUGGGCCUUUCCCAGGGCCAGAUGAGAGAUAGGGUUGGAGGUGUACAGCCUUGGUUGGAGGAAUGUUCCUUGUUAAGUGGGUCAAAGGGAUAGGAGCUGCCCCUCCUCUUUCUACCCCUUGACAUUCCACGAGUGCUUGGGCAAAUGAAGACCAUCGGCCGUGAUGGCUGAAUACUGGGACAUAUUAGCUGGUUUAGAGCGAUGGUGGUGUGAUGGCUUAAGACUUAGUCCAAGCUCUCAUUUUCACCUUCGAAAUAGCUUCAUGUGGCCUUAGACUGGAUUUCAUGUCUUGUGUCCAGCCCAGUACACAACACUAGCUUUUCACUGAUGCAUCUUGUCAAUUUAUCCAAUGUUUGAAUGUUGUACAGUUUGUAGCUUUGUGGCUAUACCAUAUCUAACUUUCCUUUCCUCCUUCUCUUCUCCUCUUUCUUUCCUCCCAUCAGACGAGGAGCAGCAGUUUGAGCGUGAGCGUGCUGAGCGCGAACUCCAGAGGCUCCGCAACUUCGCCGAGGAGCAGGGCCUGAGGGCGGAGCAGCUCGAGGAGGCCCUAGAGGCCCAGCGGUGCAAGGGCCGGCAGCUGGAGGAGGAGCUGCGGCGGAAGCGGGCCUACGUGGAGAAGGUGGAGCGGCUGCAGAGCGCCCUGGCUCAGCUGCAGGCCACCUGUGAGAAGCGCGAGGGCCUGGAGAUGAGGUUGCGGACACGCCUAGAGCACGAGCUGAAGAGCCUGAGGGCGCAGCAGAAGCAGUCUCACCCGCCGGGCGUGACGGUGGGCUCGCUGCACGAGCGUCUGAGGGAGAGAGAGGAGCGUAUCCUAGCCCUGGAGGCGGACAUGGUGCGCUGGGAGCAGAAGUACUUGGAGGAGAGCACCAUGAGGCAGUUUGCCAUGGACGUGGCCGCCACCGCCGCCGCUCAGAGGUGAGGGUCAGAGGUUAAACGUUAGGGGAUAGAUGGUUCAAGGGUUGUGUUCUGUAUGCACAUACAAGAGAAAACAUUUCCAAAACAUCUAGGCUGAAUACAUUUAUUAUACUUCCAAUUUUUACCUGCAUCCAGUUCCUAAAGGAAUUUAUUUUCUCCCUACCAGAGACACAACCAUCAUCAACCAUUCCCCCUGUCACUCUUCUAACAACAGCUUCAACGAGGACCUGCCUGUAGCUGACUACCGAAACCAGGAGAUGGAAAACUGGUAUGAAGAUGGAGCAUUUUUCUUAGAAUGUGUUAAUCAUUUAUAGUAUUGUUGCUGUUAUGCCACUUUGGAUGCAUCUAAUAAGUCUAAUCUACUUUGUUGUAUCAGAUAGCAAUGCUCAGAGAGCCACCAUUUGUCUAAUCUGACUCCAUAUUUCUCCUGUACAUAGGAUCCGUGCUCUCUACGCCCAUAUCCUGGAGAAAGAUGCUGUCAUUAAGGUACUCCACCAGCGUUUGCACCAGGACCAGGUCGAGAAGGGUGGGUUUUGUCUGCGCGCCGCCACGUCCACUUCUUCAAUUAGCACGGCGAAGUGUGCCAGCAUAAGCAAAGGUAAGGACGAGUCACGAUAGGGUCAGAGACUAAAAACCUUUUAACAACUUUUUAACUAUUACUUGAGGGGUCCCUCAGGGCUCUGUUCAGGGACCACUGUUGUUCUCUACAUACAUGCAAUCUAAUCGGAAUAUGAACUAGGGAGUUAUUGUCAAAGAUAAUUUUGAUGGCAUUGAAGUGGAUUGAGGGUAGAAUUAGAGCACCUGUUUAUCAAUGAAAUGUGUGCCAGACAGUGGUUGAUAUUUAUCAUGCUCUGUGUAGUAGGUAAGAGUCUGUCAGAUGACCAGACUGCUGUCUCUCCUCUUCGGUGCUCCUCCCCAGCUCACCCCAGCCAGAGCCAGAGCUGUGGAUCAGAGGAUGGAGCUAAGGCCAAGGAUCCAACCACUGGUUCUAAGCUCAGCAUUGGUGAGUAGUCGGUCACUCACACACACAGACACACACACACACACACACACACACACACACACACACACACACACAGUUAACCAAACACCCAAACCGUUCUUUGUAAUUGCAUCACACUCUGUGCCAGAGCAGUCAUUGAUUUACCAACCAUACCCCCAUAGAACCAGCCAAUCGUCGAUGGCUCUGUAGGUCGGAGGUCGUCAGUGGGCUGCCGGAAUGUGCUAUGUUGUCACACUUAACCCUGAGUAUUGACUGCACUCAUUUACCCGAAUGGAUCAUCCCAUUGUGGAACCAUCAGCAUGUUUCUUUGGUUACAGAUGAUGUACUGUAACUGUGGCUUAUUUUUCCACUGUUUCAAAUCUUCUCACACAUUCCUCUAAUCAUUUGACCUCUCUCUGUUUUCCAGACAACGGUGCUGCGCAACAACCAAAGUCCUCCUCCUUGAACACAUUGAGAGGCCUAGAUGACUUGGAGGCAGAGGCAGUGGAAAUCUUCAUUUGA